GUCACGUCUCGCCCAACCAAAAAUCGCACAGAGCAAAACACGACGAGAACGAACGCAACGCACACUUACACAUACACACACGCUGCUAGUGCUAGCUAAGAUUCCGACGAGAGAACGUCCGUGAUGGCGUCGAUGAGAACUGCGGCGGCGGCGGCGAUGCUGGCCUGCAUCGCCGUCGUUCUGGCGAGCACGGCGGCGGACGGCGCGCUGCUCCCGUGGUUCGGCGGCGGCGGCGCGCGGGACGAGGCGGUGCCGGAGUUGGGGCUCCUGGCGGCGGCCGACCCGUUCCGGAUCCUGGAGCACGUGCCGUUCGGGUUCGACCGCGACGACGUGGCGAUGCUGUCGAUGGCGCGGGUGGACUGGCGGGAGACCGGCGACGCGCACGAGGUCGUGGUGGACGUGCCGGGGAUGAGGAAGGAGGACCUGCGGGUGGAGGUGGAGGACAACCGGGUGCUGCGGAUCAGCGGCGAGCGGCGGCGGGAGGAGACGACGGAGCAGAAGGGCGGCGGCGACCACUGGCACCGGGAGGAGCGGUCCUACGGCAGGUUCUGGCGGCAGCUCCGCCUCCCCGACAACGCCGACCUCGACUCCAUCGCCGCCUCCCUCGACAACGGCGUGCUCACCGUCCGGUUCCGGAAGCUGGCGCCCGACCAGAUCAAGGGCCCGCGCGUCGUCGGCAUCGCCUCCGCCGGCGGUGACGACGGUGGCAAGAAGAGCAUCGGCGGCGCCGGCGAGGGGCAGAACCAGCAGGCCAAGAAGGUGGAGCUCUGAGCUGUGAAAUUUGUCGAGUGGAAACUAUGGUUGCGAGUGGUGUGUUGUCACUUGUUUGCAGAGCACAUGUUCCGGUACAUAAAAUGCGUGUGGAGAGAAAAUGUGAAGAUGUAUCGCACUUUCAUCGUUGUGCAGAUCUUAACUGAGGAAUAAGAAGCUUCAGUUCCCCAUCUUAAUCGA